AUGACCAACCAACAGUCAUCCUCACCACUCAGCUCGAUACCAGAAUAUAACAAGAAGACAACGACCAACAAACAGCAACCAGCUCGGAAACGAUCGAAAGCCAACGAGGAGAAACCAAACAGCAACAAACGACCGAGGAGACAGUCAGCCACUCUCAAGAAGACCUACGAGGAGAACCCACUCUUCCACACUCAGCCUCAGACCCCCAGCUCACCAGCAUACGAACCCACUCAGACCAACAACAAACCAGAUCCGAAUCCAUCCCCGGAUCCAAAGAGCAAACACAACACUCCGAAAACCAUCAACUGCAACCCUCAACAAACAGAUCAAUCUCGUCCACCCGCAAACCAUAUCCAUCAUCGUCUGUGGAUUGAAUCACAAGGCUCACGCAGCUUCCCAGCUCACCUACGCUCCUACGGACCCCUAUGGGAACCACCAGCACUGAUCCAUCUAGUCCAUAAUCAACUGCUACACCAAUGGGAGACCAAGAGCGAACCGAUCGAAGCAAGCCCAGUACUCCGCAAACGCAUGCAAGCAGCAGAAGCCAAUCUACCCUACGCUCCAGCCAUGCAGCUGCUGUCCGACUUGGGGUGGUACAAGACCAAAUGGAAUGCUGACGAGCGUCGUGUGAAUGAUCGAUGGGGAGGAUGGUAUGAUCAGACCAGACUAGAUCUCAACCUGUUUCUACAAUCUCGAUUGGACGACCAACAGAUUCUAGAAUACCUGCCGACCGGUGUCCAAUUUCCAGCCCCACUUGAACAGGAUCAACCUUCUACAACCCAGAAGAAGCCCGCCCGGGUAAUUUGUAAUACACUCACCAAUCAAUGGGCCGUCGAGGAGAAUAACGAGGGCUCGCUGAGUCUUUACGCUGACACAUUGAUACCUGAGAAGGCGGGCUUUGUGCUGAACGCUAGCGCGCCAGUAUGGUCGAUCGACUUCCUACCAGCCCCAGAGUUUACCACACAUUCCUCUCUUGGUGAAGGAGACCGGGAUCGCGCGGCGUGUGACUUCAUCGCGGUGGCUACGAUAAGCUCCGAUCCGGGUUUGGUCCCGCCAUCAGAGAUUGCCAAACUGGAGAAAGAUGCCAAGAGCGUCGUUCAGAUCUGGAGCAUCCCUCAUGCCGAGCCAACCAAUUUUCACGAGCAGCCCCCAGCAUCACCCGUCACUCGUCCUGCUAGUCGGGGUACCCGCGUGCAUCGCAACAGCCAGCCCAAAGUCCCGCUAAACCACGAUGAUUGCCCUCAGUUGGUCAUGUUGUUGGCCUUUUCAACUCAAGCAACAGUGGUCCGUUGGUGUCCUCGAGGCGGGACAAAAAACUUGAACAAGACGGAUUCAACGCUUGCUAGCCCUUCUACUGACCAAGUCGACCCCCUCGGACUCUUGGCGAUCUCCUUCGUGGACGGAAGUGUCGGGCUGUAUAGUGUGCCUCAUCCCUUUCAUGCCACAAAACUAGCCCAAUCACCCGAUGCUUCUCGAUCCCAGUCCAACAAUUCAAACUAUGCCAUAACCCUCGAUCUCGCUCCGGUAGCCAAGUUAAUGCUACCGAGUACCACCUGUCUCACGCUAGACUGGGCCAAUCACGAUGUACUUGCUGGAGGCUGCACAAAUGGCAGCAUCGUCAUUUGGCACGUCGAGACCCUGCUACAACUGUUACCGUCAAGCUCAGCAUUGGAGGGCCCUCUUUAUAUCCGGCCGAGCCAUUACAAGCCCGUCCAUUCAGCCCCGGUCAAAUCAAUCUCUUGGAUCCGUACCCCGCCCGUCGGCCGCUCCGGCAAGUUUGACCUCGAAGGAGAUCCCGCCUUUUUGACAUCAACUGGGUACGAUGGCAGUGUUAAGAUGGUCGAUGUUCAGGAUCUGGCAGCAUCGAAAUCUUUGAUUCAUGAACGAGGUGAAACGACCUCGUUGGCGUUCUCACCUGUCUUAGGCUGUCUCAACCUCGCAGAUUCAGAUUACAGUGUCAAGUCCAUUUGUCUCAAACCACGCGAGUUAGGUGUCUCUAAAAAGAUCUUGGUUCAGUUGGGAUUGGUUUGGCAACUAGCCGCCUCUGACUUUCAUUCAUUUAUCGCCUACGCUGCUGCCGAUGGAGUCUGUGGACUCGCCUCAUUAAUCAGGCCACAGAAGUAUCGUAGUCGAGCGACUAUGUGGGCUCCUAAGGUUUAUCAAAUGGACUUCAGUCGUAAAACCUCUGAACUGAGAAUGCUUGAUAACUUAGUGCCUGAGCCGCGGUCACAAGAUGGAACAUCUGUUGCUGAGACGAAGACGAAAGCUAGAGCAGGGAACAAGAAAGGAGGUCAGGAGCAGGGGACGAAGACGGAGAAGAAGAAAGCUGACCAGCCAGCCCAGUCGGCGAGCUCGAUCGGGGCGUAUGCAUCAGUGGUCGGCGUGCAUUGUCUGAGCUGGAACAAAUCGAUCACCAGAGGGAGCGUGCUAGCUAGUGGGAUGGGGUGCGGCUUGGUCCGCGUCGACCUCAUCGAGGGUGGCUUGAAUAGUGCCAAUAACUCUAGUAAACUUACUUUGACCUUUGAUGAACUCAUCACCAAUGCUCUGGAUAGCAAUAACCAAGCUGCUGGUGUGGAGGAUGACGAUGAUGAUUAG